UUCGUUUUCGUUUUCGCUCAUCCUUCACAAAAAUGGCUGCGCUUAGGGUAUUCAGUCGUAAUUUACCGUAUUUACGACAACAAUUUUCCGCUUUGUUAGGAAACACGUCUCCGUCGGUAAAAUUCAUAUGUGUAGUAGUUAUAAUAGGGUACAUUUUAUCGUUUUCUGAUGAUGUGGUGAACGUUCUCAGUGUCACUCCAGGGUAUUUGUUGCCACCUUCUUUUCAAUUGUGGUCUACUUUCACGUUCUGGUUUCUUGAGAUACAUUUAUGGGAAGUGAUCAUCGACAUUGUGACAGUGGGACUGUGUGGGAAACUAAUAGAGCCGCUAUGGGGUCAAAUGGAAAUGAUGAAGUUCUUCUUUCUGACGAAUGUUGGAGUUGCAUUUCUGACGACGUUCUACUACUUAGUGAUAUUUGCGUGUACUGGUCAGACGUCUUACUUGUUCGACAUUCAUGUACAUGGGCUGGCGGGAUACCUAGCCGCCGUGAGUGUGGCAGUUAAGCAGAUAAUGCCAGAUCAUCUGCUGAUAAAAACCCCAUUAGGAAAGUUAACAAACAGGUCUUUGCCACUUCUGAUUUUAAUAGCAGCCAUUAUACUAUGGGCAAUAGGGGCAUUAGAGGGCACAUACCCUUGCAUGUGGGGUAGUGGGACAAUCCUAUCCUGGAUAUACCUGAGGUUUUGGCAGAGGCAUAGCAGCGGGACCAGAGGAGAUAUGGCUGAUAAUUUCAGUUUUGAUAAUUUCUUCCCGACGGUCCUGCAGCCGCUGGUCCGCGGUGUGCUGGGCCCGCCGCACCGCUGCCUGGUGCGGCUGGGGCUGUGCGCGCCCAGCCCGCGCCGCGUGCACCUGGCGCUCAGCCCACGCGGCGUCACCAUCUCCAUGCCCGGCGUCGAGCCGCAAGAUAUGGAGAGGCGGAGACAAAUCGCGCUCAAGGCGUUGAGCGAGAGAUUAUCGAAGACUUCCGAACAGACGCGACAGAAGAACCUAUCGACCAAAGUGAAUAUGGACGCGGUGAGGAAGAUGCAGUCGCAGGUGACGCCGGCGUUCGCGGGCGAGGCGGCGGCGGCGGCGCCCGCGCCCGCUGAAGCCACGCUCGUGGACCUGGCCGAGCUCGGGCCCGACCCCGCGCCACCCGCCAAGCACUCAUGAUGCCCGCACCCGCCCGCACAACUAAAGGCUGUUCACAGAACCAAUGUAGAAAUAGGUAUGCCGUAUGAUUCAUUUGUUACGAGUGCCCGACGAUCUCAAAUUAAUUCCAUAUUAUAAAGUCUGUCAAUUGGUGGAGUGGGUUGUUGUUGAGCAUUUGGUGUACAUCACAUUGAUUAUUAUGCAUUUUAAUUUGUUAGUCUAUAAGCAAUAGCAUUUCUGCAAUGGCCCUGUGAAUCUAUACGAAUUAGUAUUCAUUUUAUUUUAUUUUUUCUUUUAUAAAAUCCAAUAGUUAUGGGUAACAGUUGAAUGUAUGGUAUAAAAAAGUAAAUAUUUUUUGCAGAUUUUAUUGCAUUUGUUGAUUGUGUCUAGCAGAGAGAGUGAAUGAUGUGACAUAUUGUAAAUAUAAUUGAUAUUGAUUAGUGUUAAUUAAUUAAAUAAAUAUCUAAUCACUUU